UGCCAACGGCGAGGAAAUUUUAUUACUGGUAGGAAGUUUUUUGCGAGGGAGACUUGCACAGAGGAGUGAAGAUGUAAUGUUGGUCUUUAAUCUUUUGUUUGUUUUUUUCUGUGAUCAACGCCAUUCACGUCUUGUCAGACGAAGACCUCAGCAUCAGAUUAACAGCGCUCAGUGUAUGGACCAGCAGUCUUGCUUGAGGUUAUAACUCUGGAUGGGAUCAUCCUGAGUCCAUCUGGAACAUGGAUCUCGGACUGCUCUUUGCUGAACCCCAGCAGAUGGACCUGAGAGUGACUGUGAAAGAAGACGUAGAGGAGGAGGAGGACUAUGGCCAUAUGAUUCCCUGCAAAGAUGAACAAGACCAAGAAGAAAAGCCCUUUGCAGAGCUUAACUGUAAAACUGAAACGGACUUAUCCGACUACAAUAUUAUUUACAGUGAACCACUACAGACAACAGCGGAGAUUGAGGUGAAGGUCGAAGACGAGGACGAGCAUCUACAAGAAUACGAUUGUCUGCAGGAAUGUGUCCCAGACUGCCUGCAACAGAAGAUCCAUGGACAGAAUGAUGAACUCAACCUGCAACUUGAAGGAAGGCUGCACCACUGCACGGUGUGCAAGAAGAGCUUCACGACCCUGAGAGAACUCAAGAAACACCAGCAAACACACUCAGUGAAUGAAAAGCUGCACAGUGGAAAAAGGUGGCAUCAAUGUGCAGAUUGCAAGAAGAUAUGUACGACCACCAGAAAUCUUAGACGUCACAUGCUUACACACACUGGGGAGAAGCCUUAUACAUGUAUUCAGUGUGGGAAUCGCUUUACACUAAAGACAAGUCUUAACAACCAUAUGAGAAUACAUAGUGGAGAGAAGCCUCAUAAAUGUGACCAGUGUGGAAGGCGUUUUUCACAAAUUUCAACUCUUAAAACCCAUGUCAUGGUACAUACUGGUGAGAAGCCUCAUAAAUGUAUUCAGUGUGGAAAAGGGUUUAUACAAAAGCAGAGUCUUAACACCCAUGUGAUUCUACACACUGGAGAGAAGCCUCAUAAAUGUGACCAGUGUGGAAAGUCGUUUACAAGAUCCUCAAAUCUUAAACAUCACAUGCGUACACAUAGUGGAGAGAUGGCUCACCAAUGUGUCGAGUGUGGAAAAGCCUUCUCAGAAAUAUCAGCUCUUAAUGCCCAUAUGCCAAUACACACCGGAGAGAAGCCUCAUAAAUGUGACCAGUGUGGCAAAUGUUUCUCACAAAUGUCACUUCUUAAAAGCCACAUGCGAAUACACACCGAAGAGAAGUCUCAUUUGUGUGCCCAGUGUGGAAAAACAUUUAGACAGUUUGCGUAUCUGAAAGUCCACAUGCUUACUCACACUGGUGAGAAGCCACAUACAUGUGACCAGUGUGGGAAAUCAUUUUCAUUCAUUUCAAAUCUUAAAACCCAUAUGCGAACACACACAGGAGAGAAGCCUCACGAAUGUGUCCAGUGUGGAAAAGCUUUUUCAUUUUUUAAAAGUCUUAAAAACCAUAUUCUAACACACACUGGGGAGAAGCCUCAUAAAUGUGUCCAGUGUGGAAGAGCUUUUGUACAAAAUUCACAUCUUAAAACCCACAUGCUAAUACACACCAGAGAGAGACCUCAUAAAUGUAACCAUUGUGGGAAAGCUUUUGCACAAUCGGGAAAUCUUAAUAGCCACAUACUAAUGAUGCACACUGGUAAGAAGCCACAAGUGGAAAGCAGUAAACGUCAAACACCAAAUAUUUACAUUUUUAAUCUUCAACACCUGGUACAUGCUGGAGAGAAGCCUCAUACAUGUACCCAGUGUGAAAGAGCAUUUACAACAUCCACUCAACUUCAAGACCACAUGCUUGAACACACUGGAGAGAAGCCUCAUACAUGUGGCCAGUGUGGAAAAGCUUUUGCUAAAUCCUCAGAUCUUAAAGACCACAUGCUUGAACAUACUGCAGAAAAGCCUCAUAAAUGUCUCCAGUGUGAAAAAUAUUUUGCAGCAGCCCGCAGCCUUAAACAACACAUGCUUCUACAUACUGGAGAGAGGCCUCACAAAUGUGAACAGUGUGGAAAAGCUUUUACGGUAGCUGCAGAACUUAGAAAUCACAUGCUUACACAUACUGGAGAGAAGCCUCAUAAAUGUGAACAGUGUGGAAAAGCUUUUGCACGAGCUCGAUCUCUUAAAACACAUAGGCUAGUACACACCGGAGAGAGACCUCAUAAAUGUGACCAUUGUGGAAAAGCUUUUGCACAAUCGGCAAAUCUUAGUAGCCACGUGCUAAUGAUGCACACUGGUAAGAAACAACAACUAGAAAAUGCUCAACGUCAAACACCAAAUAUUUACAUUUUCAAUUUCCCACUAGGUGGUGCUACACCAUUAAUGAGUCAUGAUGGGCUGAAACGCUGUCAAUUUAAAACACCAGAUUAGUAUAUUUAUUUCUCUCACUAGGUGGCGCUACACUGCAAAUGAGUAAGAACAAACGUUAGGGCACAAUGAAGACUUCUUUCAUGUAGUUGGUGUGGAACAUUUCUUACAAGGGCUGUGGGUAUAAAUAAAAAAAAAAAAAUCGUCCUUUUCUGUAUUUUUGUUUUAUGUUGUAUGUUUAUUUAACGUGGACAAUGCGCAGUCUAUAACCGAGCCAGGCAGGAAGUGAUGUCAUGAAUGCUGAUAUUUGCAUCUACGAACUCUGGUUAUGACAUACUGGGGAUUAGAGUGAUUGUAUUUAACAUUAUUGUAAAACACACAGAAGUAAAAAUACACAAGGGGAAAUAACGUCAAUGUUUAGAAAAUGUAAGCGUAAAUAAGUGUUUUUGUUGUAGUUGAGUUGAAAAAAA